AUGUGCCCAAAUUGUAUGAACUCACGCUUUUACGAUGCUAUACGUACGAUGUUUGGAAAAGAGACAGCUUGGAUUGCGCUGUUGAAGUCGGGUAUUGAUUUUUUGGGUGUUCGCAAGCGUAUUUACACUAAUUUGUCUUGCUCUAAGAUUUGCUAA